AUGAAAGCAUUAAAACGUCGUCUUUCCACGAUGAAGGGUCGCCAGGAUACCACAAUUGAUACAGACUCUGUUGAUAACACAACUCCAGCAUUUGAAGACGAAUCGUUGCCUCCAGUGACACUCCAUGGGUAUAUUGAAAGUACCCGAAGUCGAUUGCUGUCUCCAGACAUCUGUGAUGAGCUACGCAACCUAAUGCCCACCCGUAUACAGCUGUAUUCGGACUGGCACUUGCUGUACAGUCUGCAACAACAUGGGGCAUCUCUACAAUCGCUGUUCGGUCGCACAGCUCCCGAUCAAGCAGUCCCAGCACGUAUUGGCUAUGUGAUUCUGAUAGAGGAUCGGAAAGGUGGGCUUUUUGGAGGAUAUUGCAACGAACCACCACGUCCAUCGGACAGUAAACGGUACUAUGGGAACGGAGAGUGUUUCUUAUGGCGAUUGGAACGGGCAGCAAGUGUGGAUUUGGGUGGUGUAAAGAAUGAGAAUGAUGCCGAUGGCUGGAGAUUCUGUGGGUAUCCUUACACCGGACUGAAUCAUUUCGUUAUGCACAGUACGAGCCAUUAUUUCUCGAUGGGAGCGGGUGAUGGUCAUUAUGGACUCUGGUGCGAUCAAGCGCUGGAAACAGGCGUCACAAACCCGAGUUUGACAUUCGGAAACGAAUGUUUGAGUCGAGAAGGUGCGAAAUUCCACAUUGUGAAUCUGGAGGUCUGGAGAGUGGGCUGA